AUGACUUCAUCUUUAUUAAGUUACGAGACGCUCACUCAUGCGAUAGCAGGAGCUACGGGCAGUGUGGUCGGAAUGGCUGCAUUUUAUCCUCUGGAUACGAUUCGGUCGAGGUUACAAGUUGACGACUCUAAAAAACUUCAUGGAACUACCUUAGAAUUACUUAUUAAAUUGACCAAAGAAGAGGGAAUCGAAGCUCUUUACCAUGGACUGGGUCCUGUUUUGCAGUCACUUUCAGUGUCCAAUUUUGUUUAUUUUUAUGUAUUCCAUUCCUUACGUAGAGUAAGUUCAGCAUCUCCUUCAGCAGGAAGGGAUCUUUUAAUAGGCAUGGUUGCUGGUAGUGUUAAUGUACUGCUUACAUCACCUCUGUGGGUUGUUAAUACAAGGAUGAAGUUAGAAAAAAAUUCAUAUUCCAGUUUAUUGGAAGGUCUCUUUACAUUAUUUCAGAAAGAAGGGGUAAAGGGUCUAUGGUCUGGUACAUUGCCUUCACUUUUGUUAGUAUCAAAUCCUGCUAUUCAAUUUAUGGUUUAUGAGUCAUUAAAGAGGAAAAUAAUGGCAAGAGGAAAAUUUGAUAUAUAUUCAGCAUUUGCAGUUGGAGCCGUAGCCAAAGGAAUAGCAACCACUUUAACUUAUCCCUUACAAUUAUUUCAAUCAAGGUUGCGAGCUGGUACCAGUCUCAAACCACUAUUUAAGGAUAUCAAAAAACACCCUGGAACUCUGUUCAGAGGCUUAGAGGCUAAAUUAUUACAAACAAUCAUGACUGCAGCAUUAAUGUUUUUAAUUUAUGAAAAAGUAUUUCGGCUAGUUCUAACUAUUAUGAGAGUGAAAUUAAAAAAACAUUAA